UCCAAACGGCCCACUGCAGCAAUUUUACAACUCAAGAAAUAUGUAUAACUGGGCCAAUCGAAACGACAACACCACCAGUCCAUUUACCGUAUGCGAUUUCCUUGAGCAAAUGUCCCCUCCCCAUGCAGCGCCCGAAGUCGACGAAAAUUUGUGGUUUUCGAGAAUGAAACGAAAACUAAACUCUUUUUAUUAGGGGAAAGUGUUUUAAACCACACAGCGUGCGUAAGGAAUCGAAAUUCAAUGAGCUCCGAGAGACUUUUUGGGGCAUGCCCCCCCCCCCCCCGCAGCGUCGAAGACCGCCUUUCUAUGAGGUCCGCCAGCGGUAGUUCCUGAGCUACCUAUAGAAUGGCUGUGCCUGUCACAGGCGAAAUUGUCAAGUUGACCUUUAGAGGUUACCUUUCGGACCAAAUCCAUAACAUAUAGGCCCAUCAGAUACUUACUUAUCAGUGAAUUCGGAUCGGUUGAGCUUGCGCUAAUCUUAUCGUGCACUGUUCGACACUCAAACAUCUCUUCCGUGCAACCGAUGAUAAGUUGUCUCUCAAGAGCACAUGCAACCCGAGCAGUUGGCGCUGAGCUAGCAUUGUGAAACAUCGGCGACGGACGUACCCUACCAUGACGCUGUCCAUGGGGCGCGCGGCGGCGGCCGCUCUGCUGUGCUGGUGGUGCUGCGCGCUGGUCGCCGACGGCGCGCGCGUGCUGAUGCUGCUGCCGACCAGCGCCCGCUCGCAGAAGGCGCCGUUCCUGGCGCUGGGCGCGGCGCUGACCGGCCGCGGUCACCGGGUGGUGUUCUUCAGCGCGUUCCGCCCGUCGGUGCCGGUGCCCGGUGUGGAGGAGGUGGUUCCCGAGCGGCUGGCACAGCAGUUCGCCGAGGAGAACUUCCCGAACAUGUUCCGGAUCAACUCCGAGGGCGUCCAGGCCGGCUGGAGGCAGUACCGGGCGCUGCUGGCCGACGGCCCGCGAGCAGCCCUCAACAGCUCGGAGCUGCACCACCUGCUGCGGCAGCGGUUCGACGUCGUCAUCCUGGGCAUCUUCGGAUAUCCGUUCUACUUCGUCCCGCAUGCGUUGAACGCUCCGUUCAUACUGCUGAGUCCGGUCUCUUACGUACCGUUUUUGACCAGUCCGCUGGGGAGCCCCACCCUGCCGGCCCUGAACCCUUCGAUCCCCUUCACAGCGGGCACUGAUAGGAUGAGUUUCACACAGCGGGUGAAGAAUGUCAUCGGCACCGUCUGGAUGGACACGCUGAUAAGAACCGUGUACGCCACCUACAGCGACCGCCUGGUUGCUGAGGAGUUCGGUGACGGCGUGAUGCCCAGGGCGUUGGACAUCGAGAGAAACGCUAGUCUCGUCUUGCUGAACAGCAAUCCUGUGAUGGACUACCACAAGCCCCUGCUGCCGAACGUGAUUGAGGUGGGAGGUCUGCACUGCACCGCUCCGAACGAGCUGCCUGCCGAGGUCGCCGCCUUUCUCGGAGACUCCGAGUUCGUGCUGUUCAGUCUCGGCUCUGUGGUCAGGCCUCAGGACAUGUCUCCGGAGCAGAAGGCGGCUAUCCUCGCCGCGCUCGGGUCUCUGCCUUACAAGGUUCUUCUCAAGUGGGACACCACGAACCGCACUGGCCUGCCUGUCAACAUACUCCCCUCCAAGUGGCUGCCGCAGCAGGACAUUCUCGGCAGCAGCAAGUGUCGGCUGUUCAUUUCGCACGGCGGCUUCGCCAGUGUCGUAGAGUCGGUGUGCCACGGCGUACCGAUGGUCGUGCUGCCCGUCUCCAGCGACCAGCAGUGUAACGCCGCGCGCGCGGCCCGCCUCGGUAUCGCUGAGGUGCUGACCUGGGACGCCCUCUCGACCGAGACGCUGGGCGCCGCCGUGGCUACGGCGCUCUCCGGUGGCCCCCGGGCGGCUGUCCUCCACCGGCAGCGGCUGCUGAGGGAGCAGCCGGUGCCGCCGCUGCAGCUGGCAGUCCACUGGGUGGAGCACGUCAUCCGGCACGGCGGUGCGCCGCACCUCCGCUCCGUCGGCGCCGAGCUCAGCUUCUUCCAGUACUACUCGCUGGACGUGCUGGCCUUUCUGCUGGCCGUGCUGCUGCUGGCGCUGAAGCUGCUGGUGGUCGUGGUGAGGUGGAUGAUCCGCUGCUGCUGCGGCUGGAUUUGGACGCACAACAGUGGUGGGGUGAAUGUCGGGCAGGACAACAAGGAUAAAGACGACUGAUUUGGCCGUAAGGCUCAUUCGGAUCUAUGGGAACUCUGGUCCGGCAAUACUCGCUGUAAUGUGUUUUGAUGACUAAGAAAGUUAAGUCCAUUGUCCACUGUCCAAUGACUAAGAAAGCCCGCCCAGUGUCUGUUAAAAGCAUGUUGGCCAGGUACCCGACGUCAUGGUGAUUGUAAAUCAAACUGCCUGAAUACAGACGCAAACAUA